UUAUGAGUUGCCUUCUGUUAAUUAUAAGAAUUUGACAUUUCUUGCUAAACAACAUGGAAAGCACUAUAAAGAGCCAGCCUUGCAGAUGUCAUCAGAUGAAGAGAAAGAAAGUCAUGAAGGAAAUAAAAAUAAACAGUCACAGGUUAAAAAACAAAGGAAGAAGUGUGAAGCUAAUGAGAUAGAAGUAUCUAAAUACCUCUGUGAUUUUGCAACUGAUGACAGUGAUGAUGAUGGAUUUACUCAAAAAAGAAAGGCUGGAGAAACCUACAAUCAGCAGUUUUCUAGGAAGGAGAAUGAAAAGUGGGACAGGCCUACAAAGAGAACAUCUAAGAACAAGAACAAGGUGAAAAAACAAAUACACACUAUGGAUGACCAUGAUGACUUAACCUGUUCAUCUGAGGGAGACUCAGAGGAUUAUGAGUUGCCUUCUGUUAAUUAUAAGAAUUUGACAUUUCUUGCUAAACAACAUGGAAAGCACUAUAAAGGUAGGACCAGUGCAUGA